GAUGUGGCUGCGGCCAAACAAAAAGCAUUAAUUCCAUUCAGUUAACGUCCGUUGGUCUUAUUCGGCGGUCUGUUGUUGCACCACUCACUCGCAUCAGAGCAUUCAUUUCGCACUCGCGAAAGAUUAACAGUCUCUUGCAUCGCAUCAAACUGUAUUUAACGAAUUGCAUUUUGGAAUUGAAUCGCGAACGGAUUGAAUUGAAAUUUGCCGAUUGAAUAAAAAAAAGAACACAAAUUAAACCGUUGAUUGUUUUGAUUGAAUUUAUCGGCUGACCAUCGUAACAAGUGACAAAUAUAUAGUUAACGACGAAAAACAAAUUAGUUAAAAUAUUUCGAACGUUAACGAUAAUUCGUAUUGAAAUGUGACCAAUAGCUGUGAAUUCAAAUGGUUAUUUCAAGAAAACAAAAAUAUUCUUAACAAAAUCAAAUUCGAGCAAUAAAACCGAAUGCAAACAUCUCAUGGGUUUACAGUGCAGUUUCUCUUCGUAAUUUCAGUCGUUUUUCGUUAAGAUUAAAAGGUGAGCGGAUAAAACCGGCUGGGAACGAAACACAUAUACAAGCAGCCCCAGCAAAUGGAAUGUGAACGAAGUGAUGUUUCUCCGUUGUAAAAUUGCACAAUGCACGUUUAAUUAUUCGACUCGCUGUGUUUCUUUUCUUUGUUUUAUGAAUUUUAUGUUUUAACCGUACAUUUUUCUACAUUGUUUUUUCUCUCUCUCUAUCUCUCUUUCACUCUGUCUGUGUGCGAAAAAAAAAAAUUAUUCAAAAUAGUAUAGUCGACGUUCUUCGAUUCGCAUCACACACAGUGGAACUUCUUCGAAUGAUUGAAGUGUGACGAAUGAAACGAAAGGAACAGACGAAAAAUAAAAAGAGUUGAAAAUGAAAUAAAAAUAAAUAAAUAGAAAAGCAGGAAACCAGAAAAGUGCAACAAUAAAUAUUUUGAUGUGGAAUUUCGUUACAUUGUGCUUUUGAUGUAGUUAAUCGAAAUAAAAGGGAAUGGGUUGAAUAAGCGUAACGGCUAGAAACGAAUUAAUGUGAAAUGAAUAAUGUGAUGCGCAACAACUGGGCUAUUUGAUCCUGAAUUACUUCAAUCACAAUAAAAAGAACGCAUGUGCGUGCAUCGAUGCACGGUUCAAGUGUGUAGUGUGUAUAAAUAUCGAGGUACAUGUAUAUGGGGUUUGAUCACAAUAUUACGGCCGAGAAGACAAUUGUUAAUCACUCUCUACUCGAUCGAAAUAUCAAUAAACAUUACACUGAAGUAGCUCAUUUGGUUAGCAUUUGGUCAAACAUUACUACACAGAAAGAUUUCGUUUUGUGGGUGCGUGUGUGUAAUAGAAUAAAGAGAAGAAAAAAACAAUGUUCGAUUAAUAUUUCUGGCCGCUGUGUGUCCAUAAUGGAAUGCCUAAAUCAUCGACAUAAUCAUCAUAAAAGAAUCGACAACAUUAUCAUAGCCACCAAUAUAUCGUCGCGCCUUCGACUGCUCACUUCACCAGCAACCAGAUAAAAACGAACAGAUUACUCAUACACGAGCAUGUAAAUGCCCUCAAAAGAAGAUUCGGAAUGUGUUUGGCGCAAAAAGUGUCAAAACUCAUAACAUUGCUGUCGAUGCGAAUGGUCGGUGUGAUGUAGCCUCUGAUUUUUAUGUAUCCCAGUUACGAAAUUUCAUUGCGAAAAACUCGAAUGCAUCGUUUGACUGUAAACAUCAGCAAAAACAAGUAGCCGAACAUCAACAUCAACAACAAACAUAUUUACCAUAUAGCACAGGGCCGAAAAACCAGCACAAAGACUUUAAGCGCAAGUGUAAGCGGGCCGUUUACAAAUUCAUGAAGGGUUUAUUAGACGAACGGAAAUUUAAAAAAAUCAAAAGCAUCAGCCAAGAAGAGCCUAUUUACUUUGAGUGCAACAGCAGUAAUGCUAAAAAUAUCGAUAAAACCCGAGUAAAGUCAACAGAGGGCAAUAAGCACGACGGACAACAAAAUAAGAGCGAUAAUAAAUUCAACGGCAUGCAGAAUAUUAGCAUACGAGUCGAGAGAGCGACGACAGCAACUGCUCCAGAUCAUCAUCAUCAAGAUUCACCCAAUCAUAAACGACCUCCACAUUUAUUCGCCAAAGCAAGUCCAACCUGUGAAAUCACAAACAUACAAAAUAUUGCGUCAAGAUCGGCGAGCUCUGAAGAGGAUAAUUCUCCAACAGAACUGAAUAAUUGCAGAAGAUUGGUCGAUAAGCCCCCUCUGGUAAAACGUAUUGCCAUGGGUCUAUUGCGCACAUCGGAAGAAAGUCGACCGCUAGUAUUGAACACACCAUCUCCAACGUCUGGUUCAAUGCACACAAUAAUAUCCGAUGGUUAUGUCAAUGAGGGAAUUUGCGAUCCCGAUAAAAUUAUCUCUAGUAAAUUUGGCGACUCGUGCCGUAAAUCUUUAACAUCGGUUUUAGACAAAAGCUAUAAAGAUACAUGUGAAUUCGAUUUGAAGAAACAUUUUCUCCGAGAAACCAGUAGUGCCAAUUCAAGCCCAAAAAUAUUUGGACCAAGUCAUAAACGAAUUGAAGGUCUUAGCAUUGUCGAACAGAAUGAAUUGAAAGGUGCUGCCUGGUUUCAAGCUGGUAUUCCACGUGAAAUUUCACUAGAAGUGCUUAGUCGUCAAAGUCCCGGUGCCUUCCUUGUUCGCCAGAGUAGCACAAAACCAGGAUGUUUUGCUUUAUCGCUGCGUGUUCCACCACCUGCACCAAAGGUGUCACAUUAUCUCAUUUUGAGAACUUCACGUGGCUAUAAAAUCAAGGGUUUCACAAAAGAGUUUUCAUCACUUCGAGCACUGAUAACACAUCAUUCGGUAAUGCCUGAACUUCUUCCUGUACCACUCGCAUUGCCGCGACCACAAAAUAUAGUUCCACAGCGGCGUCAUCUGGAUGACUUCGAUACGUAUGGUUCACUCACAGACAUUCGUAAAAUGAUGUCCGAUUUGAAUGUGUGA